ACAAAAUAUACUGAUAAAGAUAAUGGAGGGAUGCUUGUAUGGUCUCCAUAUCAUAAUAUUCCAGAUGCCAAGUUGGAUGAAUAUAUAGCAAUAGCAAAGGAAAAACAUGGAUACAAUGUGGAACAGGCUCUCGGCAUGUUGUUCUGGCAUAAACACAAUAUUGAGAAGUCCCUUGCGGAUCUCCCUAACUUCACUCCUUUCCCUGACGAAUGGACAGUUGAAGAUAAAGUCCUAUUUGAACAAGCAUUUAGCUUCCAUGGAAAGAGCUUUCACAGGAUCCAGCAAAUGCUUCCAGACAAGACUAUUGCAAGCCUUGUAAAAUAUUACUAUUCUUGGAAAAAAACUCGCUCUAGGACAAGUUUGAUGGAUCGUCAGGCUCGAAAACUAGCUAAUAGAAAUAAUCAAGGUGACAGUGAUGAUGACGUAGAAGAAGCUCAUCCAAUGGAUGGAAACGAUAGUGAUUAUGAUCCCAAAAAAGAAGCCAAAAAGGAGGGCAAUAAUGAGCAGCCUGUUCAGACCAGCAAAAUAGGUCUGGGUAGAAGAGAGUAUCAGAGCUUGCAGCAUCGUCACCAUUCUCAGCGUUCCAAAUGCCGUCCACCAAAAGGCAUGUACCUGACCCAGGAAGAUGUGAUAGCUGUUUCCUGUAGUCCCAAUGCAGCCAACACAAUUCUUAGACAGCUGGAUAUGGAACUAAUCUCGUUAAAGCGACAGGUUCAAAAUGCUAAGCAAGUAAACAGUGCACUUAAACAGAAAAUGGAAGGCGGGAUUGAAGAAUUCAAACCUCCUGAGUCUAAUCAGAAAAUCAAUGCCCGUUGGACCACAGAAGAGCAGCUUCUUGCAGUACAAGGUGUCCGAAAAUAUGGUAAAGAUUUUCAAGCUAUUGCAGAUGUAAUUGGCAACAAGACUGUUGGCCAAGUGAAGAACUUCUUUGUAAACUACAGGCGUCGGUUUAACUUAGAGGAGGUAUUGCAGGAAUGGGAAGCGGAACAAGGAACCCUGGCUUCUAAUGGUGAUGCUUCUGCUUUAGGGGAGGACACAAAAAAUACUUCUAAUGUGCCAUCAGGAAAGAGCACUGAUGAAGAAGAUGAGGCACAAAGCACUCCGGCCACUCAGUGUUUAGGCCCUUCACCUCCAGCACAGGCAUCUGCUCCAGCACCUACCGCUCCCAUGGCAACUUUAAAUCAGCCGCCCCCCUUACUUCGUCCAGCGCUUCCUGCUGCUCCUGCUCUCCAUCGCCAGCCUCCACCACUUCAACAGCAGGCGCGAUUUAUUCAGCCAAGGCCGACUCUAAAUCAGCCUCCCCCACCGCUCAUCCGCCCAGCUAAUUCCAUGCCUCCUCGCCUAAACCCAAGGCCAGUGUUAACCACGGUUAGCGGUCAGCAGCCACCCUCGCUUAUUGGAAUUCAGACAGAAUCUCAGUCUACUCUGCACUGAAGAAACAAAGCAGAAUCAUGCUAACUCCUACAUUUGAAAAAUUGUAUCAAUGUACUUUUUUUUUUUUUUCCAAAUAAUGAAGGGGAGAAAGGAGCAAGCCUUCACAGGUAUCAGACCAAUUUUACAGAGGAGCAAGCUAAUAACUAGAAACAGAACCAUGUGAAUGACCACCUGUAUAAAAAUAUUUUUAUGUCGAAGACUUGUACAGCAGAACAAUGCCUACAAUACAGCCCUCCUCUAUAUGAAUAACUGUGGAAGGAAGCUAACUUCUUAAAUGAAUAAAUGUUCAACAUACCAAGAUUUGUUUAACUGAUUUUUACUCUAUUUAUUUUAUUACAGUUCUUUGUAGUCAAGCAUCUAACUACAGGAAAGUAGUCUGGCAAAUCUAGGAAUAGAUAAUAUUGUAGGAGACUUAAAUGUAGCGUUGGGGUUUUUUUGUGUGUGUGAGGGUUUGGGUUUUUUUUUACCUUUUAGUGCAAAAACAUAAUGGCCUUAGGUUCAGGAUUUUUGGCACUGUUUAGGUAACAGUAGAAGCAUUUCAUGCACUUGUAAAAUGUAGGUGUUUCUUCUCUUCAUGU